AUCAGCUGUUUGUGGAUGGUUUACUUGUUUAAAAAAUCUCCGCAAAUUUUUUAGAUUUUUUGCUUUUAGCUAGAUUUGCACAUAAAUAUUACCAAUAAGCAAGUUAUCAUGGAUGACGCAGAACUUACACGGUUGGCGAUAGCGGAAAUCGUUCGCGAAAUGGGUGAACUCAAAGAACUCCCAGUGCAGGAGCGCAAGAUAAAUCCGAUAGCAAAGCCAAAUAAACGUUUUCUUGGGCGCACAUUGAACUCUGUGAUGUCGCACAACAAGCGUGAAAACGAUCGAACUCAGGAAAACUGUCGAAAGAAAUUAAGAGAACUUGACGAAAGGCGUGGGCGAAAGUAUUCUAAAAGUCGUUCUUCCAGCGGGGAUCUCGUUUUGAGUAGUUCAACAGACGGUGAUCGUCGGAGAAACUCAAUGAAACGAAGAAAAAAGCGUAAGAAAACGAUAUCUAGAAAACAAAAAAAAGUAAGAAAAGUGAAAAAUAAAAGCAAAAAACGUAAAUCAAAUAGACGUGAAAGCAGCAGCAGUAGUAGCAGCGAAAGUAGUUGCAGUUGUAGUACAAGUAGGAGCAGCGAUCGCAGUAGAAGUAGAAGCAUAAAAAGCUCAAGGCACGAAAAGCCCAUACAAGCACCAGUGACCCCAAAUGAAGAACAGGCUUACUAUGAGCAUGGUGUAAAUGCUGCGCUAGAACUGGAUGCGGCUUUAAUGGCCGAUAGCUAUAGGCUGCAUCAAAUACAACAACUAAUGUUAUAUAGUGCACUGAUGGCAGGCAAUGAAGUUGCUGAAGUUAAUGCUUUGCAAGAGGAAUCCCAAAUAAGUGACGUCGAUUUCACUGAACCUCAACUCGAUAAAAAGUCUAUUUCUAGUCAUGCCUCGUCGUUGAACUCAGAAGAUGGAGACUCUGAAUGUAGUGAAAUUUUGCAAAUAAGUUUAUCAUCUGCAACUUCAACUAGUAGCAAAGAUGAUGGUCGUAAAAAUUUGCGAAAAAAGCGUAUGAAGAAAAAAGAGCGCCUGAAGCAAAUAGAAUCAGCUGGCAAUGUUAAUGGAGACAUUUUGGAAUUAGAUUCAGAUAGUUCAGAAGCUUCUGCUAGUCCAAACGAUGUAAUACAGGUAAAAAGUGGUGAUUGCAUUUGUAUAGAUUCCGAAACAGACAAUGACACAAAUACUGAUCAGCAAAGCAGUUCAGAAAGCUCAACUAGUGAAACACAGAGCGGUAUGGAAAAUAAUACUAAUGAUAUUUGCCACGCUGCAGUUGAAACUGUGACGCUAUUAAGCUCUUCGGAUAGCGAAGUUGAAAUCGUAUCUGAUAAUGAUGCUAAAGCAACAGUGCAAGAAGAACAAGGCAGUCAUGCGCCUUGCUUAAUGAAAAUAACUAAAGAGAACCCUAAAGAAACCUUGAACUUGUCGAGCUCGACAAAAAAUAUUGUCGAGCCAGAGAGUUUAAUGCCGCUAGAAACAAACGUGUCCAACACAUUAAUAUCAGCGUUUCCGGAUUGUCCGACAUUGAUCUGCUUAGAGCAAAUGCAACGAAUCGACAGAAUACUAGGCAAAGAAUCGACGGAAGUCCAUGAUGUAAAUACAGAGGCAACAAAGCCUUCACCUUAUUCCCCAACAAUAUGUUCGGUAGAAUCGACACCAUCUAGCGAUGCGACAAAUAAAAGCGACAUAUCACUGGGCGAAACCGAUGGAAAAUCAAUUUUAUCAAUUCAAACGGCGACGGUUAUCGGUGCCUCUAUGUGUGAAUCAGCAACACUCGACCCACAUAUAGACACAGUUGCAUCGGAUUCUCACUCUAAUUCGUCGACAAUAUGCACAGGCAAAGCUCUCCCUAGCAAUACGAUUGUGAUUGACAUCGAUGCGAUGGAAGAAUCAAUAGAUUCAUCAAAUAUAUUAAACCCAUCGACUUCAUUUUUA